GUUCUCACCGUGUUUAGAGCCUCACAGAAUAAACAAUAGCCAAUUAAAAGAGUCUAAAAGAAUGAGGCAGAAUAUUCCUUAAAGGAGAAAUAAGUACAUCUAUCUAUCUUUGUAUUAGAUCUUUAAUAAUGCAGUCAGCAGAAGAGGGACACGUCACCCCGGAGGAUCUACAACAUGAAGGAUUCCAGAAGAAACCAAUAAAAAAGGAAGAAGAUGAAGAUGAGGACGAUGAUUUCUUCUGUGAAGGAUCUUUAAUCCCUGUGGAACAAGUCAUGGAACUCUUCUCCCCAGUGGACCAACAGUGUGGAGGUUUCCAGUUGAAGCCUGUGAAGAAGGAAGAACCUGAAGAUACAGAACUGAACGAUGAUUCCUCCUGCUCCUCGUGUCCACGUUCCUCUACAACCCAAAAUCACCUCCACAAUCACAUCAAGAGCUGCAACCAUGAUAAAUAUGAGACUCUGGUGAAGAUUAAGACUGAACAUGAGGAUGUGACGCCCACCAGAAGCUCCAGUAAUCAGCAAACGUCCUCUGGUACUGUCAGCAUUAACACCUCUCUCAGUCCCACACAGAAAAAAGGAAACGUCUGCUCACAGUGUGGGAAGAGCUUCAGGUUCCAGCGUGAUCUCAAAAUACACCAGCGCAUUCACACUGGAGAGAAACCGUAUCAGUGUUUACAGUGUGGGAAAAGUUUUAAUAGAAAGAGUGAUCUUAACAGACACCAACGCAUUCACACUGGAGAAAAACCAUAUCAGUGCUCACAGUGUGGGAAGAGCUUUAAUAGACAGAAUCGUUUCAAAAUACACCAGCGCAUUCACACUGGAGAGAAACUGUAUCAGUGCUCACAGUGUGAAAAAAGUUUUACUACACAGUGUCAUCUUAAACGACACCAACGCAUUCACACUGGCGAGAAACCGUAUCAGUGUUUACAGUGUGGGAAGAGUUUUAAUCAACAGAGUUAUCUUAAAGAACACCAGCGCAUUCACAUUGGAGAGAAACCGUAUCAGUGCUCACAGUGUGGGAAGAGUUUUAAUAGACAGAGUCAUUUCAGAAUACACCAGCGCAUUCACACUGGAGAGAAACCAUAUCAGUGCGCACAGUGUGGGAAAGGUUUUAAUACACAGGGUCAUCUCAGAAUACACCAGCCCAUUCACACUGGAGAGAAACCAUAUCAAUGCUCCCAGUGUGGGAAGAGUUUUAAUACAAAGAGUAAUCUCAAAACCCACCAGCGCAUUCACACUGGAGAGAAACGGUAUCAGUGCUCACAGUGUGGAAAGAGUUUUAAUCAACAGAGUGUUCUCAAAAUACACCAACGCAUUCACACUGGAGAGAAACCGUAUUAUUGCUCACAGUGUGGGAAGAGUUUUAGUACACAGAGUUACCUCAAAACCCACCAGCGCAUUCACACUGGAGAUAAACUGUAUCAGUGCUCACAGUGUGGGAAGAGUUUUAAUACACAGAGUUAUCUCAAAACCCACCAGCGCAUUCACACUGGAGAGAAACCGUAUCAGUGCUCAAAAUGUGGGAAGAGUUUUAAUCAACAGAGUAAUCUUAAACUACACCAGCGCAUUCACACUGGAGAGAAACCAUAUCAGUGCUCACAGUGUGGGAAGAGCUUUGCUCGUCUAAAAACAUUUGAAAAACACAAGUGUGACACAUUCAGUUGUACCGAAUAAACGAAGGGUUUGAUUUUUAAUACCACAUUCCCAAAGUAAUCACCAAGUGUUCCUGUUAAUGUAGCAACAGCUGUAAUGUUUAGCAUGUGCACCUGUUUCUGUUUAUUGUAAUAAAUGAACCCACAGUCUCUGCAGUCGGGUGGAACAGUGGCUUAGCAGGGUUUCCUCACACCUCCCAAAAACAUACCAGUAUGUGGACUGACUGAUAUAAAUCCUUCUUGUGAGAGAGUGAAAGUUUUCCUUUAAAAUUCUACAUGUAAAAGUUCCUUUUCUUUUUACUUUAAAUGAUCUUUAAAAUCCUGAGUAUAUGUUUUUUCUUUUAGAAAUGUAGAAUAUUUUAUUGUAUUUAGUUUUUCUAUUGAAAUAAACAUUAGUAAUAGUGCAGGUUUAUAAUGAAUGACUAUGAUUGUAAUGGUAAUAA